CUGCUCUGGCAGGGGAGUUAGAUUUGAUGAUCUCCUUGGGUCCCUUCCAACCCCUAACAUCCUGUGAGCCUGGGAACUUAAUGUGCACUCUUGGCAUGUCUCAGGUGGCCUGAUAGCACUGCUGUAUGGUACUGCUUGAGAGCACUGUGUGACCACUAGUGAGAGAGGCACCUGACCUUGUCUCAAAGUGUCGAUUAAGGUCACUGAUGCCUGCUAGAGAGAUAACUGGUUGCCUCUGCCAGUCUCGGCCCUGUAUCAAAGUGUAAGCUGCAGACUGACCUUAUCCAAAUUCCAAGAAUGAGGCCCACUAGGCCUUAUCUUGUGACUUUCAAAAGAUAAGGAUAACCAGGUUUUUCUGUGUGAUGACUGAUUUUUUUUGGGAUAAGAUCUUUGUGGCUGGGAACAGGGUUGCUCCCUGCUCUCACUCCUGGGAACUCUUAGUCAACCAGCCAUGGCACAAAGGAGAUGGCAUCUGCAGAUGCUGAAGGGAAGGCAGUGCUAAUAACAGGCUGUGACAAAGGUUUUGGACAUGCCUUGGCAAAACGGCUUCAUGCAGAGGGAUUCACUGUUUUUGCUGGAUGUUUGCUUUUGGAUGAGAAUGGAGAUGGAGCCAUGGAGCUGAAGAACAUGAAUUCAGAUCGCAUGAAAGUGUUACAGAUGGAUGUGUGCAGUGAGCAGGAAGUUGCUCAGGCUGUGGAUUUUGUGAAGAGGACCCUGAAGGAGGCAGGUGAAGGUCUGUGGGGCCUAGUGAACAAUGCUGGCAUCUCGACCUUCGGAGAAGUGGAAUUUGCAAGUUUAGACAACUACAAGAAGGUGGCAGAGAUCAACCUGUGGGGCACUGUGAGGGUGACAAAGGCUUUCCUGCCCCUCAUUCGCAGAGCUAAAGGCCGUGUGGUGAACAUCUCAAGCAUGCUGGGACGGAUGGUGAGUCCCUCUCGCUCCUGCUAUUGCAUUUCCAAGUUCGGAGUGGCAGCCUUCUCCGACUGCCUCCGGCAGGAGAUGUACCGUUGGGGCGUUAGAGUCAUCCUCAUCGAGCCCAGCAACUUCGUGGCAGCCACCGGCAUCCUGAGCGCCGAGGGCAUCGAGCGGCAGGCGGCGGCGCUGUGGAGCGGCGCCAGCGACACAGUGCGCCGGGACUACGGCAGGGACUAUUUCACUCGCCACGUGGCCCAGAUGAAGUCCUUUGUCAGCAGUGGCCUGAAGGACAUGUCCCUGGUCUUAAAUGACAUCACCCACGCCCUCACUUCCCCGUGCCCCAACAACCGUUACAAUCCCAUGGAAACCUACUGGUGGGUGAGGCUGCAAGCCAUGACUCACCUGCCCACUGCCAUUGCUGACUGGCUUUACAUCCCUGGAGCCACCCUGUGAGUGGCUCUCCUGCAGGCAUCCUUCCAGUGCUUGUGCUUGCACACAGGACAGAGCUCUCCUAGGGCUGCUCCACACCCGCUGCUGGUGCUUCUCCCCUGUAGAUGCACCUGCUUUCACCUUCACAGAAUCAUAGAAUGGUCUGGUUGGAAGGGACCUCCAAAGCUCAUCCAGUCCAACCCCUUCUGCAGUAAGCAGGGACAUCCUCAUCUAGAUCAGGUUGCCCAGAGCUCUGUUGAGCCUCACCUCAAGUAUCUCCAGGGAUGGGCAUAUUCAAGUGAGGUUCAACAGGGCACUUUGAGUUAUGAAUUCAAGUCUUGUGUGAUGCUGAGAAGUGCAUGUCUUUUUUUGUUUUCUUCCCAGUUCAUGCUCUUUGUAUUCCCUGCUGACCUGCCUGAAGUCAGAAGGUGUUUUCCUUUUAACUGUGGAGGAGGCAAAGGAAGGUUAACAUAAUUGGUCAGAUAUGUGGCUAGUGUAAUAAAGUCAGCAGAAUUCUCCCAGUGAUAACUUUGGCUCAUUAACAGGCUCUUGAUUUCCCUUACAAGGACAGGCUGCUAAUAGCAGAGCAAAGCUGUUGCAGUGAGAUAUCACAAAGGGAGAAAGUAAACUGGGGGAAUAAAAAGCAGAACUUUCCAUUUGAUUAGAAAUGAGUCAGUCUCAACCAUCCCUUGUUUUUAUGAUGCUGCUAGGAAACUCUGCUGUGCUGUGCCUGUCUGCUCUUUCCAGGAAAAGAGCAACUCUGCCUCUAAACAGCCUCAUUACCCAGCUCCAGGGGGGCAGAUCUCUGCAAAGAAGGGUUCUUCUCUCCCAGUACUGCUGCCAGGAGAUGCCAGAGCCAGCAACUUCGGACAGGCUGGGCAGGGAAAAGCUCUUCUAAUAAUGAGUGAAGACUGAGCCAUCCCCCAGGCAGUCCCUGUGGGUGCUGGGACUUGCACACUCUGUCCACUCACUGCUGUUGAGCUUCCUAGGACAGGGCUGAAUCCAAUGUAGCAAAUAAAUUAAGCUACUCUGACUGCUACCUUAGAAACUGGUGCCUGAACUACUUAACUGUAGUACACUGUCCAGUUGUCACCCUGCUUCCCUCAUGUCACUGCCCCAUGCUAGACCCCCACUUGCUUGUGAGUGAGCUGACUUUGCUUUCCCAAAUGACUUUUUUUGUUUCAUCCUCUGCCCUUCAACAGUGGCAGGCACUAUGCAGCCACAGUGGCCUGUCUGUGAGUUCUGGAAGGAUGCUUUAAGUGACACAUGUCUGUUUUUAAACAUUGCACAAUGAAAUCUCCAUGUCACAUGUGAUUGUUUGCUCAGAGAACCUCCUGAUAACUGGUAUGAGAUACUUUGCAUAGUAUCCCCAAAGAUCUUUCCUGGUGGCUAUAAGCAGGGAUUUCAGUCACUUUUUUAAGUGCCAAUGCUGCCUGGCUUCAUGCCCUGUUCCCUCUGUCCCAGUGGUUAUCACUAGCAGAGCAGCUAGCAGGCCACAGGCACUGCUGGCUAGGCUAGAACCCUACCCUCUUGUGUAGGGACUGGCUUUGCCUUCCUCUGCUAAACUUUGUUCUCUUCUGUCCUGUGUAAGAUGAAGUGGAUACAAAAAGAGCUUAUCAUGGGCUCUUUCCUCAUCUGUCUCUGUUAGCCUUGACUUGGAAACUAUGCUAUAAACUUUUUAUAUGCUGCUGGCUGUAAACUCUUGGAGUCUGCAUGCAGGCAUGAAAGCUGUGAUGCCCAAAGAAGAAAGCAGGCAUUCCCUGGAGAUACUGUGAAGGUAGCUUGUAUUACAUGUCACUACUGGAAGGUGCUGGCUGUGCAGUUCUUCUCUGUUCCAGAUUAUCCACACAUGUUGAUUGCCUGGGAUUUAAGACCCAGAAUGAUCGCACUGAACUGCAGCAGUGUUGUAAUCACUUGUGUCCCCUGCACUGGGAAAUGUGAGUAAUGUUAAGUAGCACUGACUUGCACUGAGAGAAAAUAAACUGUGAGAUCUGUAAAGCACA